AUGCGUACUAGAAACCUCAUUCAUCUCCAAAUUACCAAUCACAAGGCUAUGCGUUUACUUUUGUAUAUCCCUCGUGAAAAACUAACUUGGUACGAUGAACAAGAUCGACAUCAAUCAGUAUUGGAUAUAUUAAAGCCAAUUAUUCAUCGGUAUCUGCUUAUUGAUCAAGACAAAACUACCUCAAAGCAGAAGAAGGCAAUGGAGUCUGCAAAGGUUAUAUCUCAAGAUACUUUCCAAAUUGUCUAUCAGUUUGUGCCUUAUAUUACACAAGAGACAAUGCUUACUAGGGAGCACCGAAUUAUGCUAGAAAAUAAUGGUCAAGACGCGCUGCCAACAAAACGCACGUCGUUCUCACCCCUUGCGAUUUAUGGCUUCCAACUCCUUGUGUCUUUAGCCGAUCCUGACGUGAAUACCAAUACAAGUAGUCUCGACAACUAUUUCUCAGUGGCAUCAUAA